AUGAGCAGCAAAGGCGGUAAAAAAGCUGUGAAAAAAGAACAUUCAGCUGUCAAAGCGAAAGUGAAGAGUAACGGAACUGGAAGCGAUUUGUCUGUGAAGGGAGAUCAUGCGACAGGGGAUAAUGCCACGAAAAACAAAAAAAGAAAACGUCCGAAAGAAAAUUCGACAGUUAAUAAUUCAAUGACCGUAUCAGCGUCUGAGGAAAUUGAUUUUCCACGAGGCGGAAGCAUUGUCCAAAAACCGACAAGAAAACCUGCGGUUUUCGUGAAUCAUGUAAUCAAAGAUGAGCAAGACGAGACACAGGAGAGCACAGAGUCACCUAAAAAGAAACGUAAACGUUCCGACACCAGCAAACAUGUCAAACAUGCUCCGAAUGACGGGACCAAUCGCGUUAUACGCACAGUAGAGAUACUGACUUUCAACAAAUUGACUGUUGGUACAUGUCUCCUGGGUCAAAUCCAGCAGAUUGACGACAUCGAGCUUACCGUUUCACUGCCAAACCAACUUAUUGGCUAUGUAUCGAUAACUCAAAUUUCCUCGGCCAUUUCCAGGGCUGUUGAGACAGCAGCUAAUGCUGAUUCUGACGACGAAAUGUCAGAUGCAGAUAACCCAUUAUUGCCUGAUCUGAAGGAUUUGUUUGCUGUUGGGCAAUGGGUCCGGUGUGCCGUUCUUGGAAAAGAAGGAGAUGAUGACAAUGAAAGAGACAAACACAAAAAGAGACGAGUGGAAUUGAGUUUGAAUCCAGAAAUUGUGAAUAAUGGCAUUGUUGUCGACGAUCUUGUCAAAGGCAUGGUGUUGUCUGCUGUAGUAGACAGCAUCGAGGACCAUGGCUAUAUUAUCUCCUUAGGAUUGGAUGGAAUAAAUGGCUUCUUACAUGAUAAGGAUACCAAAAAUUAUAUUUCAAUGUGUAACAACAAUCAACGCUUAAUAGUUGGACAACUGCUCAUAGUAAGCGUCCUCAAAGUGAACGAUGAUCGCCGAACUGUUAAAGUAACAGUUGACCCAAAAAUUUUAUCAUUCUCUCCAAUAUCUGAUGCCGUUUCCAACAUUGCCUCUUUAACCCCGGGAAACCUCGUCGAAGUAUUGAUAACUGAAAUCCAAGCCAACGGCCUUAAUGGUAAAAUUAUGGGAUUCUUUGACGGUAUCAUAAACUGGUUCCAUGUUGGCGAAAAGUUUGUUACAGGACUUAAGGACUUGGAGAGUAAAUUUAAGCCGAGUAUGAAAAUACGAGCGCGGGUUAUCUAUACCAUGUUUUCGAAUACCGAGAAAAAGAUUGGUUUGUCGGCUGCUACCCAUGUGAAGAGUCUGGGAUUUCCAAAAGUGAAUGAUACAGCAUUUCCGAUUGGGACUAUAUUUGAGAAAGUUGUCGUAAAGAGAGUUGAUAGUAAGUUUGGAUUAGUCGUUGAUAUUGAAAAUUUGGAUAUUGCUGGAUACGUGCAAAAAUCACAAAUUUCCGAUGAGCCGAUUGUCUCUCUUCCUGCAACUAGUGGUAACUUUAGGAUAGACUCUGUUCAUCGUGCACGUGUCGUGGGAUAUUCUAUGGUAGAUGGGUUAUUACAGCUAUCUCUUAGGGAAUCCGUGCUGAAUCAAGCCUUUUUAAGGCAUGAAGAUGUCCAAGUUGGGCAAGUGGUCAAGGGCACCGUAAGAAGAAUAACUUCUAGCGGCUUCAUAAUAUCUCUAGCCGAGAACAUAACGGCACUCGCUCCAACUAUUCAUUUGUCUGAUGUCAAACUUACUCAUCCAGAACGCAAGUUUAAACCUCAAGAUACGGUCAAAUGUCGCGUUCUAGUCACAAACCCAUCCGAAAAGCGUGUCUCGGUCACAUUAAAGAAAACCCUGGUUAAUAGUAACCUUCCUAUUGUUGCAUCUCUCGCUGAUGCAAAAGAAGGUUUAGUUACUCAUGCCGUCAUAACGGGAAUGAAUCGAGCCGGCUGUUUUGUUACUUUUUAUAAUGGUUUUUCUACAUUUGUACCGGUAGGAGAAUGUAGUGAGACUUUUGUAAACGAUGUUAGUGAGAAGUUCUCAAUCGGGCAGACAAUAAAGUGUAGAGUUGUGAGUGUCGACCAAGAGAAAAAGUCACUUAGGGUUAGUUUCCGAACAAAUGUCGGGAGCGAGAAGGUGCACAAGGAUGUGGAUAUGGAUAUGGGUUUGAGCGAUACGAAGGCUGGUGAGAUAACAAAGGGCAAGGUUGUCUCCAUAAAAUCAAAUACAUUCAUUCUCUCACUACAACCCUCUCAAACCCGCGCCGUCCUGCACAUGUCACAUUUAUCGGAUCAUAUCGGUUCUCAUACACAGAAACUGUUUGAAUCGAUAAAAGUUGGCGACGAUUUGCAUGAUAUUGUGGUGAUUGCAACGAAUGAAAGUAAAAAUGCUGUUUAUGUGAGUAAGAAGCCGAUGCUUGUACGGGCAUGCAAGGAAGGAAAGUUACCGGAAAAGUUGGAAGAUGUAAAUGUUGGGGAUUUCGUAGUUGGAUACGUCAAAGUGGUGACAGAUUUUAAGGUCGUGGUGAGAUUUUUGGGUGAGUUCGAAGGGGUGGCUAUGAGACACACAAUAGCGGAUCAGUACAUUGCAACCCCUAUUGGCCUGUUUCAUCUAUUCCAAACGGUAAUCUGCCGUAUCACCGGCAUAGACACAGAACGUCGUAAACUCGAACUCACUCUCAAGCCCUCAGAGACGCCAAUAUCAUCUAUUCCGUACAUAUCCGAGGAUGAUUUCAUUAAAUCCUAUUUUGCCGAAAUCCCUCAACCAUCUUUUGCAAAGUUUAUUCAAAUAGGGCAGAAAGUAAAAGCCAAGGUGACACAAAUAACAGAGGAUGCAUGGAACGUCGAAAUGGAGAAUAGUGUUAAUGGUAUUGUUCGGAAAGAACAAACAGGUGGAGCGGUAGUGAACAUUGGAGAUGUUGUAGAUGCGAUUGUAUUAGAUGUCGGCGAUACAGAGAAUACAGUUUACUUGAGUACAAGAACGGAACUAGUUGAAAGUGCUGGGAAAGAUAAAGAAGCUAAGACGAAACUUUACAAAAUAUUGAAGAGUUUGGCUAAAGACGGUAUACCAACUGAGGCAAUAGUCGAACUCGUAAAAGAAGAUUAUGUUGUUCUUUCGCUCUCCGACUAUUCAUAUCAAUUAUCUUUUGCGCCGCUAAAAUCCUACAACCAACGCUCAAAGCCGCUUUUCCGAGUUAAACCAUUACUCAAGAUCCAAAUCAAAGUCAUACACGUUCCCAAACCAAAAAGGAAAUCCUUCGAUCGUGGGAUUUCACUUAUCCAUUCAACGCCAUCUGGCUCCACUGUUAAGAGCGACAGCUCCCUACUGACACUAAAAGAUUUCAAGGAAGGUCAAAAGGUCAUGGGAACAGUGACAGGAGUCGAGAAGUAUGGUGUAUUUAUAAACAUUGACAAUAGUAAAGUUGCAGGAUUGUGUCAUAUCUCGAAAAUUUCAGACAACUUUGUCAAAGAUGUAUCUAAAUUGUUUUCUAUCGGGCAAAAGUUAAAGACAUGUAUAUUGAAUAUUGAUCAUGAAAAAGAAAAAAUAUUUUUUGGACUCAAGCAAUCGUACUUUGAAGACGAGGAAAACGCAACUAUGGAAAACACCGUCGGAGAGAUUCAUGACAUCGACACAAGUAAACCCGACAGCAGUCUCUGCUUAGAGCUAGACUCUGACGCUGAAACGUUCCUAUCACAAUCUGUUCCUAUGACUGUUGAAAACACCACUAAGAUUAGCUCCGUAUUUACAAACGAAGAUGUAGCUCCACUACCGCUUUCUGAUUCAUGGAAUUGGAUUAAUGUCGAUGAUGAUAUCUCAAAACGCAAACCGGAAUCCAAUGCCGACUUUGAAAGAGUUUUACUCGGCUCACCUAAUUCCUCUUAUAUGUGGAUAAACUACAUGGCUCAUCAAUUGAAUCUAUCCGAAAUAGACAAAGCACGAGAGAUAGCUGAGCGUGCAUUGAAGACGAUAAAUUAUCGGGAAGAACAGGAAAAGAUGAACGUAUGGACUGCAUUUAUGAAUUUGGAGAAUACCUUUGGAACACAAGAGACUUUUGAGCAGGUUUUCAAGCGGGCGUUACAAUCGUGCGACCAGAAGCAGACUUAUUUUGUGCGUGCUGAGAUUUAUGAACAGUCGGAUAAGUCUGAGCUGGCCGAGCAGACCUACCAAACAAUGCUGAAAAAGUUCUCUCAGAGUUCCAAAGUAUGGACGAGAGCAGGACUGUUUUACAUGUUACAAGGAAAGCUCGAGGCAGCUCGCAACCUGCUGCAGAGAAGUUUGAAGUCACUCCCUAAACAUAAACAUGUAAAGACAAUAUCAAAAUUUGCUCAGAUCGAAUUUAAACACGGUGAACCUGAACGCGGGCGAACAAUAUUCGAGGGUAUAAUGACCACUUAUCCCAAACGCAUUGAUUUAUGGUCGAUUUACAUAGAUAUGGAGAUUAAAGUGGACGAUGCAGCAGCAGUUCGGCGGCUCUUCCAAAGAGUGACGUCCAUAAAAUUUUCAUCUAAAAAGAUGAAAUUUAUGUUUAAGAAAUGGUUAAUGUUUGAGAAGACACAUGGGACGGAAGAUGAUGUUGAAGAAGUGAAGAAUAAAGCAAAAAUUUAUGUCGAAGGAGUGGGUGCUUGA